AAUCUUUUAACCCACCGAUUCUGCACUGUCCUGAAAUACUGUAAUCUCUCUCUCUCUCUCUCUCUCUCUCUCUCUCACGCAGAGGCUUCAAAACCCUAACGGCACCAGGGAUUUUGAGAGGGGAGACAUGCCGAUUUCAGGGAUAAUAGCGGACGUACUGGUGGCUCUCCCGUCCGCCGGAGGCUUCAAGUCGCCGGAAUUCAGGCAUUUGCACGCAUUCUCCGACUCGAAGUUCCUUCCUUCUUCUGAAUUCAUCAGAGGCUGUCCUUUACAUUCCAUUCCUAAGCUAGGAAUCGGAUCAGAUAAGUCUCCAGCAAGAGGCUUAAUAGUGAGAGCAGCAGGUAGUUCUGGUGGUGAUUUGGCACCAGUUGCUCCUGUUCAAUUUGACUCUCCGGUAGGCCAGCUGUUGGCACAAAUAUUGCAAACCCACCCGCAUCUGCUCCCUGCAGCCAUUGACCAGCAGCUUGAGAACCUUCAAGCUGAAAGAGAUGCCCAGGGAGAAGAAACUCAACCUUCAGCACAGGAUCUCCUCUACAAAAUAGCUGAAGUGAAAAAGAAGGAAAGACAGAAGACCUUGGAAGAGAUAAUGUACUGUUUGAUUGUACAGAAAUUCGUGGACAAAGGAAUAUCACUGAUCCCAAAAAUUUCAGCAACCUCAGAUCCGACAGGCAGGGUAGAUUUUUGGCCUAAUCAAGAACAGAAACUAGCGUCUGUGCAUUCGGAUGAAGUAUUUGAGAUGAUACAGAGUCACUUAUCUCUUGUUCUUGGGGAUCGGGUUGUGGGACCUCUGGAUACGAUAAUUCAGAUCAGCAAAAUUAAGCUUGGAAAGUUGUAUGCCGCUUCUAUAAUAUAUGGUUAUUUCCUGAAACGCGUUGAUCAGAGGUUUCAACUCGAGAGAUCAAUGAACACCCUUCCAAAGGGUUUCUAUGAAGAAGAUGCAAAGGUUCAAGAUAACCAGCUUUGGGAUGUAGACUCCUUGAUCAGUAUCCCACCUGAGUCCGAUGGGGAUGAAGGCAGCCAGUCUGAUUCCAGUGACGGCAAAUCGCAUGGAUUAAGAUCCUAUGUGGUGUAUUUAGAUGCGGAGACACUUCAGGCAUACGCUACCAUAAGAUCGAAGGAAGCUAUUUCUUUGAUUGAGAGACAGACACAGGCACUUUUUGGAAGGCCCGAUGUCAGGAUUUCGGAGGAUGGUACCCUCGAUGCAUCCAACGAUGAAGUUGUUUCGCUUGCAUUUUCUGGAUUGGCAAUGCUCGUACUGGAGGCAACUGCAUUUGGGUCUUUUCUAUGGGAUGCCGAAGGUUAUACUGAAUCCAAAUACCACUUCCUCAAGAGCUAGACGUCUUUGAGGUGUAUGCUUGCUUGUUCUUCAGAAUUGAUGUUCUUCCAGCUUUAGGAACUGUAUUACUUGAAUCCAACCUGCUAAUCCAGCAUGUGGUUGAAUGUAAAUAUCUUGAGUCUUGACUUCUUAACA